CCCAUGAAACUGAGAGAGGUUUCAAUCCAAUCCAACACUUUGGACUACCACUUCUCUCUUCAGUUUAAGAUGUGAGACUGAGAAAAAACAGCAGCUUCUCAGUUGGGUUCAGUUUGUUGUUGUUGUUGUAGUUUUGGUUCUUUUGGCUUCUCGGCAUCUCAUGUGGGCAUGUCAGCUAAAGCAAAGUCUAGAGAGAGAAAGAGAGAGGGUAGAGAGAGAAAGUGAGAAGCUUUUUUCAAAGAUUAAGCCUUUACAGCAAUUACCCAGUUGCUGUUUUCUUUUGCUUCAUUAGGCUGUCACAAUCUUGAGUGAUGAAUCAAGAGCUAGUUUGCUUACCAGAUCAAGUCAAAGCUGGAGGAGUCAGAUUCUGAAGCAAUUCUGAGAUAGACUGCUUGGGUUUGUCUUUCCUUCUGAUCAGUCAAUUGAGGGGCCCAAUCACUUUUGAAAAUCCUGAGAGAGAGUAUUUGCAUUGAAAAUGAGGGAUUUCCCAUCUUGUUUUGGUGAAAAUGGGGUUCAAGUUGCUGAUUCUUCUUCUUCGUCGAAUAAUCAUAAUACUAGUAGGACUGCCCAGAAUUUGGUUACUUGUAUCUAUCAAUGCCGGUUGCGUAAUCGGUCUUGCUUGAUUACUGUCACAUGGAGUAGGAAUUUGAUGGGUCAAGGCCUUAGUAUUGGAAUAGAUGAUUCUUCGAAUCAGUGUCUUUGUAAGGUGGAUAUUAAACCUUGGUUGUUCUCCAAAAGAAGAGGGUCCAAGAGUUUAGAAGCUUAUUCUAGUAAAAUUGAUAUAUAUUGGGACUUUUCUUCUGCAAAAUUCGGAUCCGGGCCUGAACCUGUUGAUGGAUAUUAUGUGGGAAUUGUGGUGGACCGGCAGAUGAUUCUCCUUCUUGGAGAUAUGAAAAAAGAAGCUUUCAAAAAGACUAGUGCCAGCCCUGCGUCUUCUAAUGCUGGUUGCAUUGCCAGGAGAGAGCACAUUUUUGGGAAGAAGGUGUUCACCACCAAGGCUCGGUUUUGUAAUGAUGGUCAAGUUCAUGAUCUUGUAAUUGAAUGCGACACUGUUGGGGUCAAUGAUCCGUGUCUCAUUGUCCGUGUGGACAGUAAGACGGUGAUGCAGGUGAAGAGACUUCGGUGGAAGUUUCGGGGAAAUCACACCAUCUUGGUUGAUGGGCUUGCAGUUGAAGUUUUCUGGGAUGUGCACAAUUGGCUCUUUGGUUCAUCACCUGGAAGUGCUGUGUUUAUGUUCAAGACAUGCCUCUCAGCCGAGAAGUUGUGGUCUGGCCAACCACAAUCUGAUCCAAGUGCCCUGCAGUGGUCAUUUUCACAGAGGUUUUCAGACAGCAAGUCACAAGGGCUAGGGUACUCGCUCAUGCUGUAUGCUUGGAAGAAUGAAUAGAGGAAGUUGGAAUUUCUCCAUUGAUUACUAACA